CAGCCCCGGCCCGCCGCGGGUCGCGGGGCCCUGUGAGGUACUCACUCACUCCGGGCCCGGCUCCCCUCCUCUGCUGCAGGCGGCGCUGCGCGGUCCUGGCUCUGCGGGUGCCGGCGGCAGAACCCCAGAGCCCUGGGACGGCCUCGGCCACCGCCCGCACGCACGGCUGGACGCCGGGCAGCUGAGGGGUGGGGCCGAGCAGAACCAGCGCUUCCUCCUCCCCCCUUUAAAAGGCAAAUGUGGUGGCAGGCAAGUCAGCUGUUCCUGCCCCUUUAGCCUCUGGAAGCUAGGACUUCUCUCAGCGUGGCAGAAAGUGCUACUCCGGCUCUCACUGCAAGGGGAGAAAACUUUCCUCCCUCGGGAGCCAGCCCCGGGCUCCUGGCAGGGCGCGGUCCGCCUUCCAGCCCGCGCGCGGCACGCCCGGCAUCCCGCCCUCCCUGCGGGCAUCGCCGUGCGCGCGGCUGGCGAGCAGGUGCUGCUGAGAGGGGAGACACAAGGGCGAUGGGAAAAGGAAGGGCUCUGUUAUUUGUGACCACAACGAAAAAUGCAGACGGUGAUGAUCUGGUAAAUGGCACACUGCCCAUGCUCAAGAGCUCGAAAGAAUGGUUGGAACCACAGCGGCUUUCUUUUAUGGAGAACUUCGCUAAAGAAGAUACUGAUGCAGCUAUUCAAUCAAUAUUAUACAGAGAACAUUAUGUAAUCAAGGAACUAGAUAAGUAUUUACAACAUCAUGACUUCUUAAAUGCAAGAAGAAAAGAGAUAUUACAUAAAAGAUGGGUUGACCAUGUGGCAGAUCCUCUCCAGAAGAAAAUUAUAGAAAAAGUUUGUUCACAUAAGAAGAUUAAAAAAAGGAGACAAGAGGAAUUAGAAGAUUUUUUAAAACAUGUAAAUAAAAAGGGAAAUGCAUUUAUAGAACAUUAUGAUCCAAAAGAGUAUGAUCCUUUUUAUAUGAGCAAAAAGGAUCCUAAUUUUCUGAAGGUUAUCAUCCCACCAUUUCGUGACCCUUUGAAAAAAGCACAGUAUGACAAGGAUGAUGAAAAAAGAACUCUUCUUCAGUGUGAGACUGGCAAAAUAUAUACAAUGAAAGAAUUUAAAGAGGUUGAGAAGGCCCAGCUGCAUUCAAGAUUCCCAAGAAUUUCUAAUUCCAGGCACUUUAUUACUCCAAAUGAGUGGCUUAAACUACCUACAACAUACAUAGAAAGUGAAUUUUGUAAAAGGAGCAGGUUAAAAGUGAAAGUGAAUUUUAACAAUACUAGUUUUGAUUUGAAAUGCUUGGCAAGAGCUCCUCAUCUUCUGGAAUCCCAGGAAGAAGAAACAGCCGUUAUUUACAAAAACAAAGGGUCAUCCUUUCUGGAAAAAGAACCUCUAUGUUAUCAGGAGGGAAAUAAUCCAAGUCCCAAAGAAACCAACUGUGAAGGGCACUGUUCUUCCUUGAACCUCAGCCAGGAGGCAGAAUGGGAUGAAGAUCAGGAUGUGUUGGAUUCUUCAAAUCAGAACCCAACAAGGUCCAUCUGUUGCAACUGUAGCGUCCAAUGGGAAGUAUCAAAAAGUGGCCAGCUACUUCGCUCAAAAUCAUUCCUCUUUAAAUUCUCGCCCUCAAUCUUACAAGCAAACGGGCUUCUACCUAUGGCUGCCACGAAGACUGCGAACUCUGAGGGACACUUCGGGCCAGAAAAAUUAAAAGAAUGGCCGGAGCCCGAGUCAGUUUCUUUAAUGGAGGUAUUGGCUAGAAAAAACAUUGAUGAAGCUGUACAUGCAAUAUUAUUUAGAGAAAAUUAUGUUGUGAAGAGAUUGGAUAAAUAUUUUCAGCAUCUGGAUACUUUUAAGGAAAGAAGAAAAGAGAUGUUGUAUAAAAAACGGGUGGUAAAUGUUGCAGAGCCUCUUCAGCAGAGAAUUAUAGAAAAAGUAAUUUCGUAUAGAGGGCCUGAAAAAAUGAAACAAGAGAAUUUUGAAUGUUAUUUAAAGCACACAAGUAAAACGGAAAUCGCAUCUGGAGAACAUUAUGAUCCUGAAGUAUGUGAUCCUUUUUACAUGAAGAAAAAGAACCCAAACUGUGGAAAGGUUACAGUGUCACCACUUUGUGAUCCUCUGUUUCAAAGACAGCAAGAGGUGGAUGAAGAGAAGAGAGCUAGUCUUCAGUAUGUGACAGGAAAACGAUAUUCCACAAAAGAACUUAAAGAAAUAGAGAAGGCCAGGCUGCCUGCCCGACUACCCCAGUUCAGUUUCACUCUACACAGCGAGAUUCCAAGAGAGUGGCAUAAAGCCUCCGUGAGACCCAGAAGUAAAACCCCCAGUAAAUGCAGUCCUGAAAAGCUCAUCUGUGCGGAAAAGAACCAAAAGAGAAAAGAGAAAGAGAGAAAGACUACUGACCUAAGUCAGGCUGCUUUUGAGAGGCAGUUCCACUCCUCAAAGCUGAGUCCGGACAAAGGGGAUGGAAAGAAGGUUAGCCCUAUGUGGACUUCAAAGAUCUGCAAAGCCUCUGACAGUUGCAGAAAACAGAGAGAGGUUUUAGGAACCGGGCAGCAGAGACCCCGCUCCUGGGCACCCGGGGACAGCCGACGAAGAUGGGGGCCCCAGCCUGUGGAAAGAAGAGCAAUGACAGCAGAGGUUCUGGGGAGGCACCUGGCCUCCCUGCAGAGGGCGGCUGAGCAAGGCCACAGUUUGUAAUAACGCUUGGUUUACUUGAGUUUGCAGUGUCUGUGUAACAUUUGGAUACUGCAAAUGUGUUUUCUCUCCCCAGAGUGGAAAUAAAUUGCAAGACAUACCCACA